UUCAACUCGUCUGCCGUGGAGGUCGUUUCGCUACGGGUCCACCACUUCAGUUAAUUGAACAGCCAGUGGUGUGUGUUGUGAAACGACCAAAAAUGGAGUCAACCGGCAGUAAAACGGCCAGUAUCGAGCAGAUCAAGGUUGAGCCGGAUUUCUACUUUCCCAUCGGAGAAAACUAUGGUCAAGAGGGUGAAGCUGAAGCCAUCGACGACAACGACGAUGAUUAUGAUGAUGACGACGAUGAUUUUGAUAACGAGGAAGAACUGCAGAUGCAGCAGCAGAUUGGGCUGGACAGUUCGGCGAAGCAAAAGUUAGUGGAAGAUACUUUUAUAGUGAUUAGUGACGGUACCGAUGAUAGUAGUAAGGGGAAACUGUACGAGUGUAAAGUUUGUAAGAAAAGAAUGUCUAAUUCGGGCCACCUUAUGCGCCAUCGAAGGAUUCAUAGCGGGGAAAGGCCCUUUGUUUGCCAUGUCUGCGAUAAGGCGUUUAUUGAGUCCACCAGCUUAAAGGUUCAUCUUAGAACGCACACUGGAGAGCGGCCAUAUCGAUGUGAAAUUUGUACCUUCACUUCUGCCCAAUCGUGCAACCUUCAAUCGCACUACCGGCGAACCCAUGGGAUCGAUCCUAAGAGCAACCCUCAACAGUUCGACAAACUGCGACGACAAUCUUCAGUGGAUAGUUCCAGCGGUUCAGUGAUCUCUCAAUCAUCUGCUUCCUGGGUCGACCCGAAAGCUCAAAGCCAAACAAAGCCGUGUCAUUGCUGUGUUUGCGAGGAACCUUUCUUCGAUAGAGAUCUACUGCUCAUCCACGAAGAAACUCAUGUUCCGGAGGCACCGUUCGAGUGUCGUUACUGUAACUCAGUACACUCGGCGCUUAGUCUUUUCCGAUCCCAUAUUAGCAUGCAUCAUAUAAAUCAACGCAAAGCUUCCGCCGCCAAUCACGCCCGACAAUCGCAAGCCGGCAUUCGAGCCAUUCCUAGUGCGCUAGUAGCGACUAGAAAAGUUGACCCUACUUCUGAUCCUUCAAACAUCAAUACGGUACUGAAUGCCAAUCAGCCAUUUAUUGCAAGUAAUGACAGCCAAUAUCCCUAUAAGUGCGUAGAAUGCAACGAGAACUUCCAAAAGCAUCAAUUAUAUUACCACAUGAAAAUCCAUCUAAAACAAACAAAUAUAUUCACCAAAAAGAGCAUACAAUGCGAUCAGUGCGAUAAAGUGUUCGAAAAAGAAUUGACACUGAAGAAACACAUGGAUGCGGCGCAUCCUACCGUGUCCAGUGCAUCUCACGACAAUCCACUGUUGCUGGAAGCGUUGCAGACCGAGGCCAGAUCUCUCACGCCAUCUCCGUCGACGGUCAUGAUGGUAACGUCCGAGGUAGAUUCCUCGUCCAUUGACGUAAAAGUGAAAGAAGAAGCGCAAAGUGGUUUGGGGGAUGACGAAGUGAAUUCCACCGUUUCCGAUAAUCCGAUUUUAACACAACUGUUGAAUACUAGCAGUGAAGUUGCUGUAAACGAACCCAUCAAUGCCGCACCCGCUGGGGAUGGUAUAAAUUCAGAGAUUUCAAGCGACGGCGGUUUUAUAAUAAGUGCCGUGGCUACCGUGGACCACAGCUUUCUUGAACAGUUGGACGCAAUGGAACGUCAGCAGCAACAGAGUGACGAAAGCCAAGUGCAACCGAUGCCUGCUCUGCGAAGAAUGCCGGUGUUAGAAGAAAGUUUGCGUCGCCCACCGGUCACUCCAGUCAGUAACAAUAUCGCCAGCAUCAGACCGAUGCCUCUCAGUUCCGGAUGCUAUCGCUGUUCGUUUUGUUCUAAACAAUUUAACGAGCAUUUCGGUUUGCGGCAGCAUAUUCGCGCUAUGCACUAUUCCGAAAAACGCCACAAGUGCCCAGAGUGUGGCAAAAAGUUUACACUCGGUAUCACUCUAGCAACUCAUCUUCGUAUUCAUACGGCCGUUCAACCAUUCACCUGUAUUGUAUGCUACAAAACAUUCACCCGAUCUAGCUCCCUCAAUGGGCAUUUAUCAUCACAUUCUUACAGUCGAAUCAAGUGUGCGGAAUGUGGUACUCAUCAGGUCAAUGUGUUACAAUACAUGAAACACAUCGAAAAAUUUCAUCCGGACUUCAUGCAAAAUGUAGCAUGCUACAGAGAGAAAGCCGAAGCAAUUUUACAGCGCCGCCGAGAACUGGUACUCCAAAUUACACGCGGGCUUUCUAAAUAUCGGUCGGAAGUACCUAACGUGCUUGCUCGCUUACGAGGGGAGCUACCAGGUUCCACAUCAGAGAUGAAUCUCCAAAACGUUACACAGAGUCACGAGGAGGAUGAAGUAAGUUCAAGUGAACAAGUGCUUAUUAAGCAAGAACGAGCAGAUUCCAGUCAGUCCGGAAUUGUUAGCUCGGCCUCGGAAAGUGUGGAGUCGCUACCAGCAUUGCGAGCAGAACUGCGCAAACGUCCGCUGAGAAGUAAUACCCGAUCUAAUGAGUUGGAGGAAUUAGCCUUACCACCUGCCCGAAAAUCAACCAGAAGUGCUGCUGCUACGUCCCCAAACUUAAAACGCUUGUUGGAACAGGAUAGUUCAAAUAUGAGCACCGAAACGGAAUAACAGCCCAAAACCAGCCACUGACGAUUAGGAAGACUCUCAGAAAUAUGGAAUGAUUAUUUUGCUUCUAGUUUAAAAGUUCAUUUAAGUGCUUGCUACUAAAAAAAAUCAUUAUUCCACCGGUUUCGUUUUUUUUUUGGUUAUCGAUGUAUGUAAGUGUAAUUUCCGAUAGUUUAGUUUUAACAAAAAUUCAUUGAGAAUAAUUAAAAAUUGUUUUCGAGCGUCUUAUUCCCUAAUCGACGAGGGAAUUGAACAAAUGUUUGCAAGAUUAUUGAAAUAUGCGGAUUCUGUGGCAGCUGUUCAUAAAUAAAAUUUAACGAUUACAUCUUUGUUGUACAAAAGACACCGAGAAUUUGCAAUGUGUUCCAACUUCAAUCAUUGAUAGUAAUUAAUCAUUAUUUGAAAUACUUAGAUUUGUGAAGCAUUAACUUAGGUAGUGUUGUGUUUGUGAAGAAAUAACAAUUUUUUGUUGCAAAAAAUCAAAUACUGGAUAUUUGAUUGUUGCAACUAUUCUACAGAAACAAAGCAUCGAAAACAAAUAUAUGU